AUGGAGUCCGACGCAAAUACCAGAUAUCGUUCGCGAAUUAUUAGGGAAAUCAAGGCUAGCAGCGAUAACCCGUUCAACUCCCCUCCGUCAUCCACCGGCAGAGCCAGCCCCACGCUGUCAUCCGUCUUUUCAGAUCCCGAGGGCGAAUCCACACGCAGGCUGCAGGAGGACAUUGCCCGCGUUGCUGCCCCCAGAAAACUGCCCAUCAACUGGGAGGCUGCCCGCCGCAAGUGGCCCGAAUUCUACUCCCAGCCCAAGACCCGGCCCAUCUUCGACGACCAGACAGACACAACAGCGCCUUUGGCUGACCCGCCGCAUCUCAACAACAAAGACACACCAGCAAAGUCUGUUCCGCUUCCGGCCUACAUUGAUGACACCACCGAGGACGCGUGGAACGGCUCCAAGAGAACGCGCUCGGAGAUGCAACCGCGCGUUGACGAGGCUGAUCUGUCACAAGUUAUUUCACGCCCACCCGCCAGAGGCCUCUCUACUUAUGGCCUGAGCUACUCUGCUCCUCACAACCCUAGCCCUCUAUCAAAAAUACACAACCAAUCUCCGCCUCCGCUGAAAGAUCAAGAAAAAGUACGGCAGACCUCUGUCGAAGAAGCAUUGGAAAUCCUUCGGAGGGCGUCAUCCAACCCAAGGGAGCGGGAAGAGGACCGGCGAGUCCCAUCCCUUGACAGCAAUAUGUCAUCUGCCAAGUCCAGCUUGACAGCUGUGCCCCCGUCACCGCCUCCUCCAAUUGCUCACUCGUCCCUCAUGACGGACUCAGACCUUGCGCGCCGCGAUAACUUUCUUACUAGCACAUUCAGAUUCGGCGGAUCGAUUAUUAAGGAUGGUGCUCCAAUCAUUGUUAGACACGGCCGACCACACGACCAGAAAGUCAGGCCCUUUGGUGUGCCACACGCAGAAGUCGAUGGCAUUAAGGUUGCCGAAGAAGAAGCUGCAAUCUUUGCAUCAGCGGAUAUUAUCCGUGCUGCUCAGGACCAGUAUGAAAAGGUGCAGGACUACGCCAGAAGUCUUCAGCAGAAAGUCGAGAUGCUUGAAGCUCGGCUUGCGUCUCGUAAGGGCACAGAUGGAGCGCUCGCCGGUUUCAAUCGCACAGCACUCGAGGCUGAAGUGGCAUCUCUCCAGAGGCGAUUGGACCAAGCGACAAACCAGAUCAGCACCUUUCAUAUGGAGAAUGAUACUCUAACUCAAGAACGUGAUCGUGGUAUUGGCCGUCUACAGAAGGCUUGUGAAAAUAUCAGCAAGCUAGCUCAGCAGCUUAAGGAGAAGGAGAAGGAGCUUGAAAACACUCACAAGCAGCUGGGGUCAUCCGAACAGGUUCGACAGGAUAACGACACACUGCGUCGGGAUGUUGCGGCUCUAAAACACGACAAUGCAUCACUUGGAGCAGAAAUCGCGGCUCUGCGGCGUGAACAGCAGCAUCUCCGCCAGGAGGCUGAAUCUAGCAAUGGUCUCACUGAGUAUAGGACUUUGCGAGCCAAUAACAAGAGUCUGAUGGACGAGAAUGAAGAUCUCCGAGAGAGCUUGGAUGGUACCCAACACGAGCUUGAUGCUGCUCGCGAGGAGAUUGAAGCACUGCAGCGAGAAGUCCAAUCCUUGAAGAGAGAAAGGGCGACGCUUCGCGAAGACAAUGCCGGCCUGGUUCGACACAACGAGAAAUACUUUAGUGAGAACAAGAUUCUACGCCGUGAGAAUGCCGGCUUUGAGCAUAGUGUCCAUGAUCUGCAUGAACGAAACCUCAAAUUGAAGGAAGAGAUUGAGGUACUGAAGAGGCAGUUGGAACGCUAUCGAGGCUCCAGUAAUAGCAAGAGCGACUUUACCCGCCAGGAAGCGGAAACGGAGGAAAACAUGACGUCUGCUUUCUUUGUGCCCGACAUUACCCUCAAGACAAACGAUACCGAGACAAAAGACGUGCCUGGUCCUGGAUCCAAGAGUAGUGUCAGGUCAUCACCUUCCAAGAACGCCGGCACUGCUCAGAAGGUUGCCUUUGCUCUUCCUGACAAGGCAGCAUCCAAGUCAACGGUGGCCAACCAGGGCAGCAAGCGUCGGAGCGUGAGCCGCCUAUCGGUUCCGGACUUGGACCCCUUUGGUGAUGAAGAUACCACUGGCUUGAUGUCGGUGGACAAUAUCACCCAGGACCUCGCUAUUUCCCUCAAUUUGAACACGGAUCAUAAGGACGGUACCAUGGGCAAAGAGACGAAAGUAUCGCGGAGCCAUAGUAUUGGAAAGUCAGGGCCGAAAAUUGUGCACAUCGAUUCAAAGUUGAAGAGGACGACAAUGGAUUCUGCUGAUAGAGAUGGAUGCCCUGCGUUGUCGAAUAAUGCUCGGCAAAUCCUGGACGGCCUCUCUCAGCACAAUUGCCAGGACUGCACUGUGUGCAGCCGCAUCACGUCUCACUCUGGCGUCAUCUCCUCGAUUGACCUGGCAGCGGGCAAGAAGCGUGUAUCAAUACCGCGGCCCAUUCCCGUCAGUGACCGUGUCCCGGAAGGAGACCACACCGUUCGCCCAGCCAACUCCCCCGGCGAAGCCUUGGCUCUUGUCAUCAAGGGCCUGAAGGAUGAGUCGCAGCAUAUUCAGCUGGAGCUGACAAAACUGCAAGCGCGAUACAAUAAAUGUGACAAGUCGAUGGAGCGCCAUAAGAGAGAAACUCUCGCUGCAGCAAUACGAAAGCUGCUGGAUCGUGUUGAAGCAAAGAACAACCAAAUCUACAGUUUGUAUGAUGUUCUUGAAGGGCAGAAGGCUGCCGGCCAAGAAAUGACGCAGGAGCAGGUGGAAAUGACAGUCUUGAACAUCACGGGCAUGCAUGUUCGAGAGGUGACAAAUAUGAGUGAUCAAAUGACGGAGGGUAUCGCGGCCUAA